UUUCAUAAGAUAUCAUAUCUCUAAACUCCAACAGCUUUCAAUGUUUUAAAGCUUACAAAGAAAGGAUAGACACGAAGACCUAUUAUGUCGAGGAAACGUGGCGCAUUGUUUUGAAACCGAAGCGCCAUUCAAGAGCUGUAACCUAGUCAAUUAUCAAAUAUCACAGAACUAUCACAGAACUUCGCACAGCAUAUUAAGCAAGCCACUACAACGGUAUUUGUGCUACACUUGAGAACUGAUAUCGAGCGUUCUCCUUUACAAUCCUACAAGUUUCUGUAAAUUCGUAUAGUUAUAAGGCUUAAAAUCCUUUUCGACCGUGUAUCAUAUCAACCAUGAUGGAAGUCGAAGAUGAUUCGUACUAUGUGGAUGAUGAAGUCGACGACGCUGACGACGCCGAUGACGCCGACGACUCAGCCGGUGCCCCUAUCUUCGAAGUUCCCCCGAGAAAAAUAGCCGCCAUAGAACACCCCUGUGUUAUUCUCAACCUUGACAAAGGGCUAGCUACCUUUGGACCGGACCCAGACUUUCAGAAACUUCUCAUGGACUCGGCAGAGCCCAGCUCGGUCCCCCUAUGGUUCCGGCCCGAGAACCCUACGUCAAAGCCCAUCGUAUCACACCAUGCAACCACUAACAACAUCCUGCUCAAGAUCACUGUCCCUAAGAGGACAGGCAGGAAACGGAAGAGGGGAAGCAACGAGCCAUUUACAGGAGAUGUCGCUUUCACAGAUGGCACAUCCUCCAUCUCGGGGACUGAACGAGUCAGCUCACAGGGUCGACAAGAUUUGCCCAAAUCUAUUCUCCGAAAGAUGCAGGAUAAUCCCGAAGACUAUCAAGUAGAAGCUGUCGGAAGUAUUCACGCUACUCACAGAUAUCGAGGCCUGGCCGAUUUCCAGUUCGCCAACACAAACCCUUCCUUCUUAACAAAUAUUGCCGAGCAUAUGCUUCCAAUGAAAGUCUCAAAGCUGCGGAGGAUCAAAUUCGCCCCUGGCGUAGCCACGGGUCCUGGUCAGGAGAUAAUACCUCCACCACACUUUACAGACCGGGUUAUUGGAUUCAACUACAACUACGAGCAGAACCCCAACACUAAGGUCGAAGGGGACUCAGGGGGCAAGCAGCAGCUCAUCAACAUCCAAGGCAGGAAAAAACACUCGUACGGCCACUUCAUCAACAACAACCAGUACCCCGUGCCCGAGAAACCCCGCCGAGAGCCAGCCAUGAAAGUACCAGAGGGGCUCAUGAACCAACUCCAUAAGCUGAUGGACGAGCGACCGAUCUGGACCCGCCGCGCCAUCCUCAACCGCAUCACGGGCGACUUCUCGGACUCAGUCCUCCGGAUCGCCCUCCAGCUCAUCGGGUACCAAUUUCGCGGCGGGCCCUGGCGUGACGCCUUCAUCAAGUACGGCGUGGACCCGCGCCCCGACCCCAGCUUCCGCAUCUACCAGACGCUAGCGUUCAAGCUGGAGCGCAACAUCGUCGGCACCAAGAAGAUCCCCUGGGAAGUCGUGCGCAAGGGCCAGACCAAGAGGCGCAUGCGUGAGAACAGCGACAGCCACCUCUGGAACGGCGAGGAUUACUCCACCGACGGCAAGUUCUGGCAAGUAUGCGACAUCACGGAUCCGUUCGUGCGCGGCAUUAUCGACCGCGCGCCGCUGAGGGAUACCUGCGAUUUGAAGGAUUCGGGGUGGUAUCAUAAGGGUACGUGGGGCAAGGUCAAAAUGGUCAUGAAGGUCAAAAUGGUGGCUAUCAAGAGGGGCCGUAUGGGAUCCGACGACGACCGACCGCAGAAGCCCGGGUUCCUGUAUAAUUCCUUCCUGGAAGAUCGGAUCCGCCCGUUCCCGGAUAUCACGGAUAAGCCGCUGGGCCUGACGCUAGAACCCUUCUUGCGGCCCAUGGAGGAGCUCGAUACGAGGUUGUAUAAGCGCCGUCCUCCUACGCAGAAGCAGAAACCUGGAUCUGCUGCGGCGGAUGGUGUGUCCACGCCUGGAGGGGAUGAUUUGGAGCCGGAUGAUGAUAUGGUUGGUGAGAAUGAUACUACGACUCCGAUGGAGAACUCAUGGGAUGUGGAGGAUUUGGAAGGGGAUGAUGAUGCGGAAGGGGAUGCGGAGGAGGAGUAUGGGUAUUAUGAUAAUGGUGAUGGUGAGGAAGAUGGAGGCGAGGAUUAUGAAGAGGGAGAUGUCGAAUAGACAGUUGGUAAGGAGUUUGUAGGUUAUAAUAGCGAAGACGGUACUGAGAUAGUUGCUCAGACCAAUAUCGUUACUUACGUCUACGGCAUGGUCUAUAAUAGUAGAGCCACUGCCAAGGGCCAUUUCACAUCAUAUCACAAAAAGCUAAUAUAACUACCUCUGUAUAUGUUAGUACGUAAAUCCUCGAAA